AUGCCGGCUGCCAUCGAGAGUGUCGAGCCGCCCAUCGUGGUGCGCGACCUCCACGACGACGAGAGACUCGUCGUCGAGGAGUUUGAUCGUCACGUGAAACAUUGCAAGCCCUGCAACCUUGCCCUCGAGCUCAAGCAGGAUACCCUGUGUGAGCGAGGCCAUUUGCUGGCUCGGGACGUUCAAAAGUAUCUCUAUAGCGUGGAUGGCAAGACCUUUUCGACGGUGGAUCGAGAGAAUGGCAAGACCAUGCGUGUCAAACAACUUCAUGCCAAUCCGUAUGCUCGCAGAUUGCUCGACAACAUCGCCAAUGGACGUCGUCUGUCGUCACCGCGUCGGGGCCGGGCGACGCAUGUCAAGCCGCCCGUCACACCUCCUUCUCCCUCGCCUCGUCGGUCCACCUCCAUUCGGGAAUCAUACGAUGCCACCUAUCAAGUUCCCCCGCGACGUACCGAUCUGGUGAUUGAACAUCGCCAACCUCGCUCGCGCGAACAGGCCGAGUCCCCUCGGCCCUCGUCCAGCACGCGCAUCAUCGAGAGGUCCCCAUUUCACAACAAGCCCCGAGUCGUCGUCUACCCGUCACCGCAUACCUCGCCCAACCGCAGCUCACACAGCCGAGGCUCGCUGUAUGAGGCGGAUCACCAGGAUCGGGUGGAGCGUCACUAUGAAGGGAAACAUGUGCGGCGACGCUCCGACUACUACCGCUGA